GGUUCUGUUUUGCCUUUGCAGUGUCGCCAUCUUGGCUCCCCCGUGUGUUUCUGUUUCUGUUUUUCUGGUGGUCCUGAGGGGUAUUUUUUUUUCUUUUACUAUGAAUUAAACUCUGUUCGUGGUUACCUGACACACAGCUUCAUCGGCAUUUCUGCUCCCCGCACCCAAGCGGAAGUGGAGUUUUUGUAAUGGAUUUAAACUGAGGGUCGCUUAGCCUAAAACGAUACAAGCGUCCCCGACGUAGGAUACGGAAUCAUGGCCAACAAUACGGCGCUGGUGGGCAGCCAGCAGCCCCAGCAGCAGCAGGCCGUGAACAAGCCCGCUGCGGGAAAGCAGGGUAACGUGUUACCGCUUUGGGGCAACGAGAAGACAAUGAACCUAAACCCGAUGAUCCUGACCAACGUCCUGUCGUCUCCUUACUUCAAGGUCCAGCUGUAUGAGCUGAAAACCUACCAUGAAGUCGUGGACGAAAUCUACUUUAAGGUGACUCAUGUUGAACCCUGGGAGAAAGGGAGUCGGAAGACAGCAGGGCAGACAGGCAUGUGCGGGGGGGUCCGUGGAGUUGGGACAGGAGGCAUUGUCUCUACAGCCUUCUGUCUGCUGUACAAGCUGUUCACUCUGAAACUGACACGCAAGCAGGUGAUGGGACUGAUCACGCACACGGACUCCCCCUACAUCCGAGCCCUCGGCUUCAUGUACAUAAGAUACACCCAGCCUCCUUCGGACCUUCUGGACUGGUUUGAUGGGUUUCUUGAUGAUGAGGAGGAGCUGGACGUGAAAGCAGGAGGUGGCUGUGUCAUGACCAUAGGGGAGAUGCUGCGAUCUUUCCUCACCAAGCUGGAGUGGUUUUCCACCCUUUUCCCACGCAUCCCAGUGCCCGUUCAGAAGAUGAUAGACCAGCAAAUGAAGAGCAGGCCAAGGAAGGUCCUCAUUAAGGAUGGUAAAGAGGAGACAGAGACGGAAAGGUACAUGGAUCACAGACGUUCUAGGUCUCCCAGGAGAACGCCCACCCCUCGGAGAUCUCCCAAAAGGUCAAGGAGCAAGAGCCACCACCGAGAUGGUCACGGAUCCAGCAGUUUCGACUGGCAGCUAGAGAGGGAGAGGGAGCGACAGAGGAAAGAGAGGGAGGGGAUGGACAGGGACAGAGCUGAACGGGACAGGGCAGCCAAGGACCGACGGCACUCCCACAGCCCGGAACAAGUCUCAGGACUACAUGGGGGCAGAGGGAGGGACCACCGGCGGAGUCGUAGUGCCAGCCGGGACAAAAAGACUGAACGCUUGGAAAGGGAGGGCGAUGGCAACAGGAGCCGGAGGAAGGGCCGAGACCACGAGAAAGGCAGGCCCACCGAGCGGGACCGAGAGAGAUCGCGAGACAGGAGGGCCAAGGGAGAGGCAGAGGACAGGAAGCACAGGGAGGAGCGUGAUGACAAGCGGCACAAGGACAAGCGCCGGGCCAAGAAGCUUAGCGGGAUCCGGGAGGGGAGGCACCGCAGCCGGAACCGAGGCACUAAGCGCAGCCGCAGCAGGAGCAAGGACGGGACCACCAGGCAGAGGCCGGAGUGGCCCAGCAGCAAGAGGAGCAGGAGCAGAGGCAGGGCCGACGGGGAGGACAGGGCCAGGAAGAGGGAGCAAAGCCGAAGCAAGGAGCGCAUGUACCAGCGCGAGCACAGCAACGGGAAGGAGCAGCCCAGUAAACACGAACACGGGAGGAGCCACGGCGUCGAUCUGGGAAAUGGGGCACCGCGCUUCAAGCCGGAAUCUUCCUAAUCUAAUGCUGUGCUUGCUCUGCUCAAACUGCUUCCAGGUCAGCAGUGAAGCCCUUCUUCCCAAGGUUCCUAGGUUGCUUACCACAUGGAAGUGGGUCUGUGUGCCCUCUCUCAAUGCCGUAAUAGGCAACUGUUUCAGCUUUUAUCAUGUUCUGGAAAUUAUACUGUAAAUAUAGGCAUUGUUAUGUUUUAAACCCCAUGAAGCAGCCAUGACUGCAAAUUUGUUCGAAUCACUAAGUUGCGCAGUUUUGUGCUGUUUGGUCGCCUCGUUGAAAAUUAUUUCCUAAUAAAACAGUUUCAGGUAA